CUGUUGUUUGAUCACGUGUCUCCAUUUUCUCUUCAGUUUCCAGAGUGUGGCUUUUUUGGCAUGUAUGACAAAAUCCUGCUAUUCCGGCACAACCUGAACGAUGAGAACAUCCUACAGAGGCUGACCUCGGUCGAAGACAUCCAUGAAGGGGACCUGAUUGAGGUGGUGCUCUCUGCUCAAGCCACAGUUGAGGACUUCCAGAUCCGACCCCAUGCCCUCUAUGUUCACUCAUACAAGGCCCCCACCUUCUGCGACUACUGCGGAGAAAUGCUGUGGGGUCUGGUGCGACAGGGGCUCAAAUGUGAAGGAUGCGGGUUAAACUACCACAAACGUUGCGCCUUCAAGAUCCCAAAUAACUGCACGGGCGUGAAGAAGCGGCGCCUGUCCAACGUUUCGCUGCCGGGGCCGUCUCUCUCUGUCCCGCGGCCCUCACCUGCUGAAAAUGCAGCGGUCGUCCCAGACGAGCAGCCUCGGUCCCACCAGGAGGCAGGGAAGCGCAUUCUGUCCUGGAGCGGCAGGCCUAUCUGGAUGGACAUGAUGGAGAAGACACGGGUGAAGGUGCCACACACCUUUGCCAUUCACACCUACACUCGGCCCACAAUGUGCCAAUACUGCAAGCGUCUACUCAAGGGUCUGUUUCGUCAGGGAAUGCAAUGCAAAGAUUGCAGAUUUAACUGCCAUAAGAGGUGUGCUUCAAAGGUACCGAGAGACUGUUUAGGGGAGGUGGACUUUAAUGGAGAACCAGCCAGCCCUGGUCCAGACUCAGACACUACCAUGGACACUAUGGAAGUAGACAGCAGCGAUUUGGACAGUGGCAGAGGACUGGAUGAUCCAGAAGAACCGUCGACCCCAGAUGGGAUGUUUGCCAUGGACUCUCCGUUCAUGGACAGAGAGAAGGACGAAGAGCCCAUCAAGACUAUUAGCCCUUCCACCAGCAGCAACAUCCCUCUGAUGAGGGUGGUCCAGUCCAUCAAACACACCAAGAGGCGGAGCUCCACAGUGGUGAAGGAGGGCUGGAUGGUUCAUUAUACAAGCAGGGACAACCUGCGGAAGAGACAUUACUGGAGGCUGGACAGCAAAAGUCUGAGUCUCUUCCAGAACGACACUGGAGCCAAGUUCUACAAAGAAAUCCCUCUGUCUGAGAUCCUCCAGGUAGAGCCAUUUAGAGACUUCCGUAAUCUGGCCCAAGGUAGUAACCCUCACUGCUUUGAGAUCAUCACAGGCACCAUGGUUUACUAUGUAGGCGAAAACAACAGCAGUAACUACCACAGCCCUGCUCUGGCCGCCUCUGGCGUCGGUAUGGAGGUGGCCCAAGGCUGGGAGAAGGCUAUCAGACAGGCCCUGAUGCCCGUCACCCCCCAGCCCAGUGUGGCCAGUGCUGCUGGUCAGGGCAAAGAUCACAAAGAGCUGUCCAUCAGCAUAUCUGUGUCCAACUGCCAGAUCCAGGAGAAUGUGGAUAUCGCCUCUGUCUACCAAAUAUUCUCUGAUGAAGUGCUGGGAUCAGGCCAGUUUGGCAUUGUGUAUGGAGGCAAACACAGAAAGAGUGGCAGAGAUGUGGCCAUCAAGGUUAUAGACAAGAUGAGAUUUCCCACCAAACAGGAGAGUCAGUUAAGGAAUGAGGUGGCCAUAUUGCAGAAUCUGCAUCAUCCAGGUAUUGUGAACUUGGAGUGCAUGUUUGAGACCCCAGAGCGGGUUUUUGUUGUCAUGGAGAAGCUGCAUGGCGACAUGUUGGAGAUGAUCCUGUCCAGCGAGAAGAGCAAACUACCUGAAAGAAUCACCAAGUUCCUGGUCACACAGAUCCUGGUUGCCUUGAGACAUCUGCACUUCAAAAACAUUGUUCACUGUGACUUGAAGCCUGAGAAUGUGCUGCUGGCCUCUGCUGAGCCUUUCCCUCAGGUAAAGCUUUGUGACUUUGGCUUUGCCCGUAUCAUCGGUGAAAAGUCAUUCCGGAGGUCAGUCGUGGGCACCCCUGCUUACCUGGCUCCUGAAGUCCUGCGAAGUAAAGGUUACAAUCGCUCUUUGGACAUGUGGUCAGUGGGAGUCAUCGUGUACGUCAGCUUGAGCGGGACCUUCCCUUUUAAUGAGGAUGAGGACAUUAACGACCAGAUCCAGAAUGCUGCCUUCAUGUACCCCCCUGCACCCUGGAAGGACAUUUCAACUGAAGCCACAGAUCUGAUCAAUAACCUUCUCCAAGUCAAAAUGAGGAAAAGAUAUAGCGUGGACAAGUGUCUCAGCCAUCCUUGGUUACAGGAUUAUCAGACGUGGCUGGACCUGAGGGAGUUUGAGACGCGGCGAGGAGAGCGCUACAUCACACACGAGAGCGAUGACGCGCGCUGGGAGGAAUACGCGGACGAACACAGCCUCCUCUACCCCAAACACUUCAUCAUGGCUCCCAACCUGGACGACAUGGAGGAGGACCCCUAGUGGCCGAGGGGGUUCGCGACGUCACAGAUGUUGAUGAUGGGGAUUCACAUGGGGACUUUUUCCAAGAAGCUUUGUGACCUGCUGGUUUUCCCUCCGGAGCCGUUUGUUUUGGGAAUGACGAGAAGCAAGUCAGGUGGAGAACUGCCUCUCCUGUGGCUCUCAAAGCGGGAAAAACCCAACAGAUGUCGUAGCACAAUGCACUGCUACAGCGUGCGUGUGGAACUGCACAUCACAGACACACUGAGCGACUGUCAGGAAGGUGUGUGUGUGUGUGGGGGGGGAAUCCCUACAUGUGUUCAUGUUAAGUUAAUCUUUCAGAACAAUCACAAGCCAAAAGUUGAGACUGAAAGCCAAUAUAUGUUCAUUUAGACAUAAGUUUGGACACCUGCGCAAUUUUUAUUUUUAAUUUUUUAGGUAGAAGAGGAGAUCAGCAAAAAAAAGAAAAGCUCACACAAGGAAUAAAGGGCACUAUUCACAAGGGAUUUACAGUCUGGGAAUUAAACACACACGAUGAGUUUGUUCUCACUUUCCAGCUGUUUGUGAGACUGUCCUUCGGCAUGAACUGGAACUGUCACACGCUUAUGUAUGUUUUUUGUAUGUACUUAGUAAUUGUAGGGUUUUGCACUAUAUAACUAUCAAACGUAGCAACCGAAACUCGAUUCGUUGCUACGGAAAGAAAAUAGUCUUUACACUUCAGUUGUCACAGAGUGACGACACGAUAAUCAGUGGAGAGUUUAUGCAGCUCGCACAGUAUUAGCUGGAAUUAGUCUGAACCAACAUGUUGAAAUAAAGCUCGAUCUGUUACCGGCAGCUAGUAGUGUGUAAGUUUUAUUAACUUUCCCCAAGGAAAUAGACCCCCAAAACACGCUAUCAGAGAUUUCAAACUAGUGCUAUUGUUCAGAGUUGUGCAUUUCUUGUGAACUGUAACACAGAACGUAUGAAGCCAAUUAAUGUUGUCAACACAAGGUUUAAAGUCACACAACCCCUGUGUCGCAGCAUCGCGUGCGUCUCUGUGUCCCAUUUCUGUACUUUUGCUGUUUUUUGUGAAUGUGACUUUUGAAGCACUCCACUUCUGGAAUAAGUGUUCUGAUGCUGUGCAAGUGUCUGAGGGGACACACAGCCAGGAGUGGCCAGUCUGGACUUUUACACGAAAACAAAAACAAUCUCUGUUUUCUCGUUUGUGUAGUGCGGACCAUUUCAAUAUCCCUUCUGUCUACAAAAGACGAAAACUGGGUAUGAUGGCAAUUUGAUUCACACGGGAGGUUUAUAGAACUACAGUCUUGUACUUGGGUCUGUUUGUAUGUUUUUGGGAGAAUGUUUCUGUGUCCGAAAAUGUCAUUUUCCUGUCUUUGUUGCCGCUGGAUUGGCAGGUGUCAGUGUUUUGUAUAUUUCAGUACAUACAAUUGGAAUAAAAGCUCAAACAUAAACCAAAAUACCAGCUUCCGAACUCUGAGCGCCUCUGUUCUUACUUGACAAAUAGUAACGUAAAAUUAACAAAGUUUUCACAGGCUGGCGUUUGGUGUGACACACGGUAAUGUGCGAGCGAUUGUGUGUGAGGGUUGUGCGUGCCAUGUCCCGUCCUCUGCAGCUGGAUGUGAUUGCUGCAAAGAGCCGGUUGCUCACCACAAGAGCAUAAUGACACAGUUACAGGAGGAGGGCCGGGGGGUGGAGGGCGUUUGCCGAAGACUUUAUGAUAAAAGUUAUCGCAGAGCCCUUUAAAG